CGGCUGAGGCAGCGCAAGAUGCGGGCCCGAGAGAAUCGCCAGAAUGCCGAGGAUCAGCGCAGCAUUGUGGGAAGCAUUGGAUACAUUGCUGGAAACAUGGGCUACAUGGAGGGGAAUCUGAGUGCCAUCGAUUAUUCGUACGGUGGAGCAGCCACCCACUAUCCACUGUGGAAGCCGCAUUUCCCACGCGGCGAGGCUCCGCCUCCGUAUGAGGAGGCAGUGGCCAUCUCCCAGGCAGAGGCGCUAAGUGCCCAGUGCGUGGUCAGCCUGCCGGCCAGCUCGCAGCGUGCCGUCGCGAGCGUUAGCCAGCAGCAGCAGCUACAGCAACAGCAGCAACAGGCGCUCCAAGCGCACCAGGCCCACCUUCAACAGCACACGCUCCAGCUGCACACUCAGCCGCAGCAGCAUCAUGCCCCGUACGCCCAGCAAUUGGUGCCCCAUCCGCAGCACGCCCAUCAGAUGGCCGCCGCCGCCGCUGCAGCGGCCGGAGGUGGCUCAGUUCUGCCACAGUCCAACCAGUACACGCAGAGCACCACGAAUCUGAUCAACAUCAAUAUCAAUAGCGGGGGCGUGACCACCAUAGCCACAGGCGAGAACCACCAGCCACCAUAUAGCCUUCAGAGCGAGCAGCAGCACAGCCUCGAACAGCAGCAGCAGCAGCAACACCACCACCAGCAACAGCUCCAGCUGCAACAUCAGCAACAAUUGGCCCAGGCUCAGGUCAGCAAUGGUUCCAUCUGCCUACAGACAAUGCCCAAACCCAGUGGGGGUGGGAGCAGCGAGUGCAGCUACAAGAACUGUCAUUUGAACAUCAGCGCCAGCGUCACCACGGCGGCUGCCACCAGUAGCUCUGCUUCCUACACGGCGUCACGCAGGACAACGCCACGCGGCUCCCAGGAACUGCUCCAUCAGUUGCCGCAACAGCAGCAGCUGCAGCAGCAGCAAACGCAACAACAGCAGUAUCUCACGGUGGCCGAUGUGGAGAUCAAUGCCAGUGCCAGUGCAGCCAGCUAUCAUUCCCUCCCCGCCAGCAGCGAACUUCUGGCCACGCCCACGCAUGCCCAAGUCUUGCAGCAUCAACAACAGCAGCAGCAGCAGCAGCAACAGCAACAGCAACACCAUCAACAGAUGCUGGCAGCUGCCAUGUCCGCGCCUUCCAUGGAGAUAUUGCAGCCUUUAGAAAUAUCAACCAUUUCAGCGGGUCCUGCCUGUAGCACAGCGGACCAGGCCACGCAGCUGCCGUUGCAUGCGACGCUCAAGGCACAGCAGCAGCAGCACCAACAACAGCAACAACAGCAACAGCAACAACAGCAACAGCAACAACAGCAGCAGCAGCUCAGUCUGGUGUCCGGGUCGAGCAAUAAGACACCCUCGAGCUCACGUCGCUACCAUCGCACUAUUCCCCGAUACUUUGCCGUGGCCGAUCCGCUGCAGGUGAAUGUUAGCAGCAAGUCCAAGAGCAGCAGCAGCAGUAACAGCAACAGCAGUGAGGUGGCAGCCAGCAGCAAGGCCAGCAAGAAGCCGAUGUGCCAGUGCCCCAUCCAGCAUGUGCCCAUGUCCUAUAUGGGCAGCACGGCCAAUGCCAAUGCCUUUCUCAGUGGAGCCGGCAAGCUGUUCAGCAACUCGAGCAGCAAUUCCAGCCCCACUUGCUCCCUGUCGCCCGGGGCGGCAGUUGGGGGCGGUGGCAGUGUCCGGCAUGCUGGCACUCUGGCAUACGGCCAGCGGGCCAAGUCCUCGACGAAUCUGCAGCAACAUGCUCAGGAUCUCAUAACGGCUGCAGGCGUUGGCACCCUCAAGCGCAGUGGGGGGGCAGCAUGCGGACAUGAGCUGAAGAUUGCCACCAUCUCAAAGCAGGUGGGCGAUGAGACGCAGACGCAUCAUCAUCCACAUGUCAGCGGCAGUUCGGGUGGCUCCAGUGGCGGUGUGAAUGUCUCGGCCAUCAUACCACCGCCGCCACUGCAACAUGCCGAGGAUGUGUCUGCACCGCCCAUCGUGUUGGGUCGCGUCCAGAAGCGUUCCUCAUCGUCCAGCAAUUCGGGGGAGCUGCGGGGUCGCAGCACAAAUGGCAGCGGGAGUGCAGCCGGACGCAGUGCAUCCAGCAGCAGUAGCGGUGGCGGUGGGGCCGCCGAUGUGCUCUCCAGCGCCUACUUGAAUCGAAAGGUUGAUGCCUACUUGAGUUUGACACAGAAACAGCAGCAACAUUUCUUUAACCAACAACAACAGCAACAGCAGAAGCAGCAACAAAAGAAACAACAACAACAGCAACAUCCCGAUCAAAGCAAUCCAACUUUACCACCGAAACUCUACAAAAGCCUAACGAAUUUAAAAAGCGCCACAGUCACAAAAACAUCACCGGCGCUGGCUCCUACAUCCUCCUCCUCCUCGUCGAACAACAACAGCGUGGCCACAAUCUAUACGCUGAGCAAGCCCGGCGGCGCCAGCUCGAGUGUCCAGCGGAAAGAGCAAACCACACCCACACUGACACUGCCGCCGGCAAGUCCCAACGCAGCCAGUUCCGGGGAGAAGCUGCUGCUGGCCAGCGGCAAGAUCAACUCGAGCACAUUCUAUCCACUGGCCAAUCACGUGACCUACACCCUGCCCAAGCACAUCAGCGGCAAGGUGUCGCUAAACAGCACCAUCAACAGUGUGGUCAGCAAGGUGCCAUCGGUGAUCAGCAUACCGCCGGUGGAGAACAACAAUGCUGCAGGGGGAGGGCAGGGUACGGCUGCAACCACUGCUGUUACAUCCAAAAGCACAACACUGCCAAAGAUAUUGCGUGUAAAGCGCGACACAGGAACGGGGACGGGCACGGGCACGAGUCCGGCUAUCGCCCAUUGCCAGAUGCCGAAUUAUCCGUUGGCGGCGUCCAAGAGCAGCGCCAGCGGCGUACGAUCGGCAACGGCAUCGGCAUCUACAACACCGAGCAAGCAAUUGCCCGUUUGCACCACCUCGAAGAACUGUUUAAAUCCCAAGGAGCACUUCCUGCCCAACGACACCAGCCUGGACGAUGACUAUCUGAGCGAGUGCGAGAACUGCAAGAUAGCGCAGAGUGCCAAAUACUAUCUGGAUGCGGAGAUGAGUGGCGGCGGCUCAUCAGCCUCCCCGCAAGAGACCAUGACGCUGCAGCGUAAAUCGCUCGAAGAGACCAAAGAAGAGCCGCACGACAGUUACUAUCGGAGUUCGCAUACGCUGCCCAGCAAUGCCAAGAAGCAUGGAUCUUCUAGCAAGAAUAACAAUCGAGAGCCGUGGCAAUUCUCAACGAUUCCCGCUGCCAGCUCAUCGGACGAGGAUGUCAACGAAUGAGAUUUAAGCCAUUUUCUUUAAGGUGCCCCCGGGCCAGAAGAGUGUGCAUCCUAAAGAAAACGUAGGCUACAAAACAACAAUACCCAAAAAUCGCAAAGAGUAAAGCUAAGAGUUAGAUAUCAGCGUACUUGUUGCUGCAUAACUGAAAGAGAUAUCUUGUAUAUAGGCAUACGAAAAUGUACUUAAUCUAAUGCUCACGAAUGUAAUGUAAUGUAUUGUAUAU